AUGACAGCCGGCACAGUGGUCAUCACAGGUGGAAUUCUGGCUGCCGUCAUCUUGUUAACUAUUGUCACAGUUCUGUGUUACUGUAGGCUGCAGUAUUACUGCUGUAAAAGAGACGAGUCGGAGGAGGGGGAGGAGGAGGCUGACGUUGCCAAGGCAUCUCCAAAUCCACUGCGCCAACCGAGUCCACCUGAGAGUCCGCUGAGUCUCCAACAUUUCCCUGAAUACACGUCCUCCAAUCAGCUUCUAAUGACUGCAGAGCCUUUUGAGGCAAACGGACCGGUCAGUUACCCUCAAUACAUCCCACGGGUGCCCUACAGGCCGCCUCGCUCGUAUACUUUCUGCCCGUCCUGCUCGGGGUAUCUGCCGCUCCACAUGAGCCCGCAGGAGGGGCUGCGUAAUGGAGGUGGCAGGAUCAGCUACAGGACUCUGCAGCAGGAGGAAUUAGACCUGCCAAUGGAGACGCCCAGCUUCCACAAACUCAACCUCAUCCGCUCUGUCACCAUGCAGGAAGUGCUGACGCAUCACAGCAUCAGCACCGAUGUGUAGCACCUCGUAUUCACCUGAAGUAUUCUGUGAUUCACUUUCAUUAUCCUGCUUUCUG